AUGAUGAUAAAUAAUAAUAAUAAUAGUAAUAAAUUGUUGGCUUAUCGGCCGAUCGUGUUGUUUUGGAGGACGUUCGGCGUGUUCCCGGUAAACACGCUGGACGAAAACCGGAAAAGUGACGCGUCACUGCCGAUACUGUCCACGCUUCUGCUGUUGGCGUCGUGCGUGUACGUGCUGUUCGUCGGGCCGGCGGUCGUCUGCCGGUUCGGCGAUAAGUGCAGCAACCAGUCGAUCAGAGUUCUGAAGGAUAUGUACCCGAAAAUAGUGAACGUGACGUCGAUGCUGUCGAGGAUCGCGCUGUCGUACUCGGUGACGGCGAGGUUCGACAAGUACAGGGAGACGAUGGGGUGCUACGAGACGUACUCGCCGACGACGGUGGCCGAGGUCGGCCGGUACCGCGUGUUCACGGCCGCGGCCGUGUCCGCGUGCCUGCUGCUGGUCCUGCCGGUCAACGUGCUGCGGUUGUGCAUGCUGUGGACGCCGGACGGCCGCGAUCCGGCGCCGAUGCAGGGGAUCGCCUUCUACGCGUUCAUCUACGUCCAAAACGUGACCAUGUGCUGUUCGGAGACGCAGUUCGCCGAACAGUGUUUCGCGCUGUACAGCAAGAUCAAGGCCGUCAACGACGACGUCGCCGUGCUGGGCAGGUCCGCUGGGCUGGCGCGUUCUCCGAGACGCUCGGGACGCGGUAACGCCGCCGGGACUGCACCCGAUGCGCCCGCGGGCGGCGUCGCGGCCGCGGUCGACGCCGUCGAGUCGCUGCGCAUCAGACACUGGCUGCUGCGCGAAGCCAUCGGCUGUCUGAACCACAUAUUCGGCGUGCAGCUGGGCAUGUCGGUGUGCGCGCUGUGCGUGAUGACGUUUUUCGACAUCUAUUACGAGACGUUCCACGUGAUGGGCAAAUACGCCAUGUCCGACCUCAUCUUCUACUGCUGGAUGCUGCACUACGCAGUGCGGUACGUGGGCAUAAUCCUGAUGUCGCAUUACACCACGAAACAGGCUAUUUAUACUAAGACACUUAUAGCAAACUUAAAAAGUAAUUGCUUGGAUUACAGUAUAAAUCAAGAACUACAUUUGUUUUUGGACCAGCUUUCUCAUAGUUCUGUCGAAUUCACAGCAUGCGAUGUAUUUACAUUAAAUAUACGACUCAUAAUUUCAACUUUUGCUGCGGGUUUAACUUAUCUUGUCAUUUUGAUACAAUAUCAGACAAACAUAAAAAACUCCACAUAGUGCAACUAUAUAAACUUGGUACCAUUGACUGAUGAUUGA